AUGGAUGGGUUGGAGCCAGAGGGGCGGGAGGAGGAGGUGGGAGAGGGUGGUGGAGGGGCGGCGACAGAGGCGGGAUCACAACAUGUGCGUGAAGGGGGAGGGAGCGUGGGGAUUAAGGUGGGGAGAAAGGCCGCGACCAUUAAGGAGCCGAAGCGGAGGAAGAGGGCGAACAAGUUGAGAGAGCGGGCGUAUCCCGCUACGUUCACGGGAGGUGUGAUCGCUCCGGAGUUCUUAGACGAGGACGGAGGGUCUGAGAGUAGUAAGGGGACUGGCAGGGGGGAGACGUUUCCCCGUGGGGGCUGCAAGGGUGUGCCGGAUGGCUACGUCGAUCAGUGGCCGCAUGCCAAGUCUUGGCCGCAUCUCGCCAAGGUGAAAGGGAAGGCGCCUGGUGGAGGUCAGGGGUCAGGCGGGAUCGAGCGGUUCAUGACAACCAAACUGACCUCGGUGGAGCUACGGCAGGCGAUCACGAAGCUGGUGGUCACGUGCGACCUCCCCUUCCGCAUCGUUGAGACCGAGGGUUCAGCCAUUGCGGAGAUGCUGGCGAAGGAGGGGGAGUUGGGGUGCAGGGUGUCGUACACUAUCGACAUGUGGACGGCACCCAACAACAGGGCGUGGCUAGUGGUGAGUGGUCACUGGGUAGACGAGAAUUUCCAGCUGCGCACAAUGGUGUUUGAGUUCCGCGAGAUUCACGGGCGGCACACGGGCAAGCAGAUGGCGAGGGUGGUUGAGGAGACGGUGGUGCAGUGGGGGUUGGAGGGGCGUUGUCUUGAGUUCGCCAUUGAAGGCGAGGGGGAGGAGGACGACGACGAGGAGGAGGAGGAGGAGGAGGAGGAGGGGGAGGAGGAGGACGACGAUGAGGAGGAGGAGGAGGAGGAGGAGGGGGAGGAGGAGCAGGAGGGGGUGGGUGCUGGCGACACCACUGGCGGGGAGCAUGCUAUUGUUGGUAGUAGCAGUGGAGUUCAGGCGUAG